AUGAGGGCCACUCAGGCUAGACCGGCUCUCGCCUUCCUGUCCAGCCUGUCUUCCGCCUACGUUUUAGCGGCCGAAUUGGUUGUUCCUGGAGCAGAUCAGUUGAACGGAACAUGGACGUACCAGGGCUGCUACACUGAUGUUGGUCGGACCAUCAAUCAGGCUUCCAUGUCCGACAACAGCAUGACUAUAGAGAAGUGCCUGGCGUUCUGUAACGGCCAAGGUUACCCCUAUGGUGGAGCCGAAUACUUCAGCGAAUGCUAUUGCGGCAACCAGCUGCACAAGGAUGCGGUCGAGGUCAACGCAACAGAUUGCACGACAGCCUGCUCUGGAAACAAGACCGAAGCAUGCGGCGGUCCAAGCCGCCUGACCCUGUUCCACAACGCAUUUAUCAAGGGACCCCAGCCAAACGUCGGCAUCGCAGACUGGACCCAUAUUGGUUGCUUCACUGAAGGUACCGGUGGUCGCGCCCUGACUUACGGCGCACCUCUCAGCAGUGACCAGAUAAACGCGGCAAACUGCACCUCUGCAUGCCAGGCCGCGGGUUACAUUCUUGCCGGCACCGAGUAUGGCGGUGAAUGCUAUUGCGGAAACACACUUGAAAAUAACGCCACCCAGGCUGAUUACGGCUGUAUGAUGGAUUGCAAUGGAAACUCGUCCGAGAUCUGCGGAGGCUCCAACCGCCUCAACGUGUACGAUUUCAACAUGCUGUUCCCGAUCGCCGACAGCACCAACGACACUACCACUACCCUGAGCAGCAUGAGCAGCACCUUGGUCUCGCAGACGUCCUCAUCCACGCUACCCCCUGCUGCUACCACCUCGAUUGCUGCGUCAAGCAGCCUGCCUGCCACCACCUCAACAGUGGCUGCCGACCCGCCUGCGGUCACGACCUCGACUGCGGUCUCGAGUAACUCUCCUGCCACUACUUCGGCUGCUGAUUCGAGUGACUCGCCUGCCGUUUCUUCAACUACUACUUCUAGCAUUCCGGCCGUCUCCACCUCAACUGCUGCUUCCAGUGUUUCAGCAUCCAGUGCUCCGGCAUUAAAGAGUGUGGAAGUCACGACCACUUCUACUUCUUCUUCGGCAACUCCAUCUCCAACGGCUCCUUACCAGCCUUCUACUGUGGCCAAUUACAACUUCUUUGGCUGCCAGACCGAAGCCACCAACAUACGCGCGCUGAGUCUGUUUACCUACGCUGACGACACGAUGACUCUGGAGUCUUGCCAGACUUUCUGCAAUGACAAGGGAACUACAUACUUCGGUGUCGAGUACGGCCGAGAAUGCUACUGCGGUAACAAGUUCGAGACCGGCUCCGUCAGUGCCCCUGCGAGCGACUGCAGCAUGCUCUGCCCCGGUAACAAAUUCGAGUACUGUGGCAAUGGUAACCGCCUGUCUGUAUACGUCAAGAACGGAACUGCAAUUGUAUCCAGCUCCACAACUACGGCUACGACUGCGGUUGGAACUUCCACUUCCACGGCAGCACCCGUCGCAACUGGCUUCCCAGAGGGUUGGACUGACCAGGGAUGCUGGCAGGAUGGCCCUAAUGGCCGCAUAAUGCCUACGUUUCAGGCUCCCGAUAACAAGCAGCUAACCCAGCAGAGCUGCGCCGAACUUUGCGACAGCAAUGGAUACACCGUCUCGGGCACUGAAUAUUAUACUCAGUGUUUCUGCAGCAAUGCGAUCUAUAACGGUGGCGUGGCAGGCAAGGACACGACCAAGUGCAGCACACCAUGCAGUGGCGACAGCACGCAAAUGUGCGGAGGGCCCAGCUACUUGAGCGUAGUAUCGAAAGGCACUCCUCAAACGUUCCAGCCCCCUGCCCCUCAGAAAGAUGGCCUCAACGGAACGUGGACGUACCAGGGUUGCGUUGAAGACAACAUCGACCAGACGCGUACUCUCCCUUGGAAGAUCGAGUUAAUCGGCACCAACACUCCUGAACAGUGCUUGGGAAUGUGCGCUGAAUUUGGCUACGCGGCCGGUGGCAUGGAGUACGGCGAGGAAUGUUACUGCGGUGACCCCAGCGACGUUGUUGCUUCCACUGCCCAGAUCAAGCCAGAGUCUGAAUGUGCCAUCGUCUGUGCCGGCAACGCAUCUGUCAUCUGCGGAGAUGGAAAUCGGCUGUCUAUGUAUUACUGGACCGGCACGACCCCCCUCUACACGUUCGACUACCCGCAAGGCAACGAUGCCGGCUCCUACUCCAACCUCGUCGGUGGUGUUGUUACACCACUAAUGACAAUGCAGUCGAUUACGGGCAAGGUCACUUUCCUCGAGAAGGGAGGCACUGGAGCAGCCAACAGCACCGGCGCGUACGAACUCGAUCUCAGCCAAGUUGGCGAUUUUGAUGCUGCCUGGAAGACGAUGCACAUCAAGACCGAUGUCUUCUGUUCUGCUGGUCUCGUCCUCCCUGACAAAGCCGGCCGACAGCUGACGAUUGGAGGCUGGUCGCUGGAUUCGACAUACGGUGUUCGCCUGUACACGCCCGACGGAUCGGACGGCGUCAAGGGACCCAACGACUGGGAGGAGAAUGUCAACACUCUGAAACUCCAGAGAGGCCGCUGGUACCCUUCUGCCAUGUUGAUGGCCAACGGAUCUAUCCUUGUUGUUGGUGGGGAAAUCGGAUCUAACGACAAGGCUGAGCCGUCCUUGGAAAUAUUGGGCCCUGGAAGUGGUCCCUAUAUCAACAUGGACUGGCUGGCUCGGACCGACCCCAAUAACCUGUACCCAUUCCUGGCUGUCCUUCCCGGCGGUGGCAUCUUUGUCGCUUACUGGAACGAAGCUAGAAUCUUGGAUGAGGUCACGUUCGAGACCACCACGAUUCUCCCCAACAUGCCUGGUUCAGUCUCUGACCCUCUCGGCGGCCGCACAUACCCCCUGGAAGGCACUGCUGUCCUCCUGCCACAGUACGCUCCUUUCUCUGAUCCCCUGGGCGUGCUGCUGUGCGGUGGCUCCGAUACCCACUCGGAAGCUCUCGACAACUGUGUCAGCACCUACCCAGAGGCUGCCAACCCAACGUGGACCCUCGAGCGUAUGCCUUCGAAGCGUGUCAUGAGCUGCAUGGCCCCUCUGCCAGAUGGUACCUUCCUGAUCGCCAACGGUGCCAAGGAGGGUGUCGCUGGAUUCGGCCUUGCCGAUGACCCGAACCUAAACGCUCUCCUCUACGACCCCUCCAAGCCCAUCGGUUCUCGCAUAUCCAUCAUGGCCAACACCACUGUCGCGCGACUCUACCACAGCGAAGCGAUCACCCUCCUCGACGGUCGCGUUCUGAUCACCGGCUCCGAUCCCCAAGAUGGCAAGCACCCCGAGGAGAUCCGCGUGGAGGUCUUCACGCCUCCUUACCUCACCAGCUCCAAGCCCCGUCCGAGCUUUACCAUCACCAACAAGGAGUGGAGCUACGGCGAGCAGAUCACCUUCCAGCUUGGCAGCGCUGCCGCCGGCAACAUCCAGGUCUCUCUUCUCGGUGCCGUCUCCAGCACCCACGGCAACUCCAUGGGCGCUCGCACCCUGUUCCCGGCCGUCUCCUGCGCCGGCACCACCUGCACCGUGACCGCGCCCCCUCGUGUGCACAUCUGCCCGGCUGGCUGGUACCAGAUGUACGUCCUCCAGGACGGCAUCCCGGCCGUCGGCCAGUUCGUCCGCAUCGGUGGCGACCCGGCCAAGCUGGGCAACUGGCCCCAGGUCGACGGCUUCACCGUCCCCGGUGUCUGA